AUGGAACAAAACGAAGCCGCUGGGGCCGGGUCACUCAGCUGGCGUCUUAGCUCGCAUCCCAUUACUCUGUUGUGUUUCCUAGGAUUUCGCAUUUCAAGUCUCCUAGUCUAUCUCUUCGGCAUUCUCUUCACCCAAAACUUCGUCCUAAUAUUCAUAAUAACGAUCCUCCUCCUCGCAGCCGAUUUCUACUACCUCAAAAAUAUCGCGGGCCGUCGCCUCGUCGGAUUGCGCUGGUGGAAUGAAGUGGAUCCUGCAUCGGGCGAUUCUCACUGGGUCUUCGAGUCCUCGGAUCCAAAUACCAAAAUAAUAAAUCCUACCGAUAGCAGAUUCUUUUGGCUUGCGCUGUACUCGCAGCCAUUACUAUGGGUUGGAUUGGCUUUUGUGGCCAUUUUUAGGUUUGAGUUUAUCUGGUUGACGUUGAUCGUGAUUGCGUUAAGUUUGACGGUCACGAAUACUUUGGCGUUCUCGAGAUGUGAUAAGUUUGGACAAGCAUCAAAUCUGGCAGGCAGCGCUAUGUAUACCUCGGGAAUCGCAGGGAAUAUUGCAAGCGCCACGCUUGGAAGAUUCUUCUCCCGCUGA